CUACAACCACCAUUCCAAGGUCGGUUCUUUUUUCGUUCCUUUUCUUCUGCUACUGCUAUGUUUUUAGAAUAAAUCAUCUCCCGCAUACAGAGGAUCCUCAUCUAUGGUCUCUUUCAAUUGCUUCUGUUUCUUAUCUGUUGCAGUAUAAUUAUAAAAUAUAAUACUGUUUGUACAAAGAGAGCUGCGAAAAAUACGGAGGGAAACAGAUCAAAGUAGUUAAUAUCGUCGUGAAUUUGGUAUGGAGCAGCUCGUAAACUUUAUCAUACGUCCUCCCAGAGCUGAAUAUGAUCCAAAACUUGAUUUGUUGGACCAAGAGUUUACACUGAAAGGAAAGUGGUACCAAAGGAAGGAUCUGGAGGUUAAAAACAGUCGUGGAGAUGUUCUUCGUUGCAGCCAUUAUGUGCCUAUCGCUAGUCCCGAAGGAAAGGCCCUCCCCUGUGUGAUAUAUUGCCAUGGUAACAGUGGUUGCAGGGCUGAUGGUAGUGAAGCAGCCACUAUAUUGCUGCCUUCAAACAUCACGGUUUUUACUCUUGAUUUCUCGGGCUCUGGACUCUCAGGUGGGGAGCAUGUCACGUUAGGAUGGAAUGAAAAAGAUGAUUUGAGGGCUGUGGUUGAUUAUUUGCGGGCAGAUGGCAAUGUCUCUAUGAUUGGUUUAUGGGGUCGCUCAAUGGGCGCUGUCACGAGCUUAAUGUAUGGGGCUGAAGAUCCUUCAAUUGCUGGAAUGGUACUUGAUAGUCCCUUUUCUGAUUUAGUUGACCUGGUGAUGGAACUUGUAGAUACCUUCAAAGUGCGAUUGCCCAAGUUUACUGUAAAAUUUGCAAUCCAAUAUAUGCGAAAAGCUAUCCAGAAAAAGGCAAAAUUUGACAUAACGGACUUGAAUGCUGUUAAGGUGGCAAAGUCAUGCUUCGUUCCAGUGUUAUUGGGGCAUGCCAUGGAUGAUGAUUUUAUUCACCCUCAUCACUCAGAUCGAAUAUUCGAGGCUUAUAUGGGGGACAAGAAUAUCAUUAAAUUUGAGGGAGAUCAUAACUCUCCACGUCCACAAUUCUACUUUGAUUCCAUAAAUAUUUUUUUCCACAAUAUUUUGCAACCUCCCGAGGAUGAGGUGGGAGGUUCUUUUUUUGAGACGGUGGAUGAUUACUCUGGUAAGGGCAGUUGGAGUGCCAUUCGUGAGGUAGGCUUUGAUGCAGGUUCUUCGGCUACACUUGGAGCAACACAAACAAGCAGCACAGCAGAUGCCAUUAAACAAGUUCGUUCAAGGAGACCGAUGAGUCGGAUGGAGGUUCCUGCUGAUAUCCCAUCUAAAGAUGACCAAUCUGGAGCUGAGGAUGAAGAAACUGAUGAUAAGCAUUGCCCGUCAUCAUCCAAUAUGAUUAGUUUUGACUUAUCUAAUGGUGAUCCCUUUGGCCCACAUGUUCCUACCACAAUGAAUGAUGAUCAGUUUGUGGAAUAUCAGCUCGAUGACUUAACGGGUUUUCCUUGUAGUGCGGAGGAGGAAGAAAGGAUGCUAAUGGAAGCAGUACUCGAGUCAUUAAAGGACUUGGAGAUGUCACGUCCUCAAGAUCAACCAGCUGGUGUUAGCACUAAUUCUCUCGAGUCUUCUCGAACUGAUAAUUUAGGAAAUCAUGGUCCCCUAACGACAGAUUCCACUUCGACUUCAACGGAGCGUUUUGGGCCUUCGAAUGCAGAAACUUCGUCUAGUUCAGCUAUUAGAAGCGGCAAUUUGGCACCCCAGCACCUAUCCCACGAUACAAGUGUGUCCUCUGCAGAGCCUGUACGUGACACUCCAUCCACAGUGGAUACAGAAAGCGCAGGGGCCUCUUCUCGUAGUGAUACCUCAGCUAGCGUCCAGAGCUCAUCAGAUGCAGAUUUGUCUGGUGAAACAAAAGCAACGGUGAUGGUCGUUCAGAGCCCAACAAACCAUAUCAUGGAUGGCUUGAUGCGUCGUUGGGACUUGAACUUCUUCCGUCGUUGAUAUUCCCGUUAUUUUUCUCCCCUGGCCUUUUUACGGUCUCAGGCAUUAUUUUGUAACUAGGACAGCCAGCGAUGUUAGAGAUAGAAGGUUGCCAAUAUGUCAAAGAUGUUUUUGUUGGUUUUCACUUGACUAGUAAUGCAUUAAAUUUACCGCUAUCCAA